AUGACUCCAAUUCCACCUUCCAUUACGACUGGCAUUAGCAACUAUGAGGAGACCGGCCAUGGAGACCCUGUUCACAAGAUGAAAGCGCUGACUUGGCAAGCGCCAAACCAGGUGAAGCUUUUGGAAACGGCCAGGCCAACCAUCGUGGACGAUGACGACGUGAUAGUCAAAAUCACGGGAAGCACCAUCUGUGGUAGCGAUCUCCAUCUUCUUCAUUCCGCUAUCCCGGAACUUCAUAAAAAUGACAUCUUGGGCCAUGAGUUCUGCGGCGUUGUUGAGAAAGUCGGACCAGGAUCCAAGAAGCGCAAAGUGGGCGAGCGAGUGGUGGCUUCUUUCCAGAUUGGAUGUGGAGAGUGCUUCUAUUGCCAAAAGAAACUGUCUUCUCUUUGUGAGCGGACCAACGGCAGUCUUAGUGAACAUGCUCUCUAUGGUCGUCGGACUGCAGGCAUGUUUGGGUAUUCUCAUUUUACCGGAGGAUUUGCCGGUGGCCAAGCUGAAUUCGUCCGUGUUCCCUACGGCGACGUCAAUCUUCUGCCUCUCCCAGAUAAUGUUCCCGAUGAGGUGGGCCUUUACCUGUCGGAUGUGCUGUGCACUUCUUGGAAUGCCGUGGUUGACACGGGCGUCCAGCCAGGAGACACAGUUGCCGUGUGGGGUGGUGGUCCUGUUGGGCAAAUGGCCAUAGAAUUUGCCGUUGUUAACGGGGCCAAGAGAGUGAUACUGAUCGACGGAGGCCAAGGGCGUUGGCGAUUGGAAUAUGUGAAGACCAAAGUUCCACAGCUUGAAACUAUUGACUAUACGGCUCUACCAAAGGGGGAAACCGUCGUCUCUCUUCUGAAGAAGAUGUGUGACGGACGUGGUCCUGAUAUAGCAAUCGAGUGCGCCGCUGGUGAAUACUCCAAAACCCUGAGCCAUAGCCUCCAAAGAGCAGUGGGAUUGGAAAACGACACACCCGAGCUGGUGAAUGAGAUGAUUGAGUCAGUCCGGGGCUUUGGAAGCUGUGGUGUGACUGGCAUUUACACAGGUUAUUGUAACGGAUUCAACAUUGGGUCGUUGAUGGAAACCGGUAUACGCCUUAUUGGAAAUGGACAGGCUCCUGUGCACAAGUAUUGGGAACAUCUUUUGGUGCUCAUUCAGCAGGGAAAAAUUAGGCCCUUGAAUAUGGUCUCUCAUCGAUUUAGGCUUGAGGAUAUGGUUAAAGUAUACGACUUGUUUAACCAUCGUGCGGAUGGCAUGCAGAAGAUCUUUGUACAGACUGAGUACUCAUCGCCUCCUGCACCUGGCACUCCUGCUUUGGCCGUACUUUGA